AUGCAGAAUGCCCAGGCAUGGCAGAAUACCGGCGAAGGGUCCCUUAACCUCAAGCGCGCGCUUUCCGCCAUCUCAGAGAUCCCCGAAUCCUAUUUAAGAGCCGAGCUGCAACGACGAGAUGCAACAGGUUCUUUGGAUUCAGUAGAGACCCCUUCAUGUGGCUCCCAGUCACAAGGCGUCUAUAAUACAUCUUUGCACGUUAUGGCACUUUUCCUCAUCCUAGGGCUGAGUACAUUCGCAUGUUCAUUUCCGGUCCUUGCUCGUCGCUUUCCAGGUCUUCCGAUCCCUCGCCGUUUCCUGUUCAUCUCCAGGCACUUCGGGACGGGAGUCUUGAUCGCGACAGCGUUUGUGCACUUGCUCCCAACUGCAUUUGUCUCCUUGACGGAUCCCUGUCUCCCUCGAUUCUGGAGCCAUACAUACCGUGCAAUGGCUGGCUUUGUGGCCAUGAUAUCCGUUUUCGCUGUGGUGGUGGUAGAAAUGUUUUUUGCCAUGAAAGGUGCAGGGCAUGUCCAUGGCAAUGAUUACGAUACUCUGAUGAGCGAUAUUGGUCGCGAGUCUUUGAGUGAUUUUGAACAUGAUGCCACAGAUUAUUCGCGUUUGGAGGCGCAACGAUCUCAUGGGAACAUUCGUUUGGAAAACGUACGACAAAGUGGUCAUACCGAGAUUGAAGAACCUACUUCUACUUCUUCUCAAGGAUCUGGGCGGCCGCACUCGGCUAGCUCCCAGCUGGAUAAGCAAGAGGAUGAGGACACUGAUCUUGAUGAGCUUGAUGCAUACACGGAUGAUGCCCCACCUCGUGUCCGAUCCCGGUCACAUUCUCUUCAUCGACACCGACCGCAUCUGAGUGGUCACUUUCGACAGCAGUCCGGCUCCGAGUUGCCAAUGCAGAAUCCGCAACGACAGCUUCUCCAAUGUCUCCUCUUGGAAGCCGGUAUUCUUUUCCAUAGUAUCUUCAUUGGUAUGGCCCUCAGUGUCGCAACCGGGACCUCGUUCAUUGUUCUACUCAUUGCCAUUAGUUUUCACCAGACAUUUGAAGGGUUUGCGCUGGGCUCACGCAUUGCAUCACUUAUCCCCGAUCUUUUCUCCCCCUCGUCCCCCAAACCCUGGCUCAUGUGCCUGGCGUACGGAACCACCACUCCUUUGGGUCAGGCCAUUGGCUUAGUCUUGCAUAAUCUCUACGAUCCGGCCAGUACGACGGGCUUACUCAUGGUUGGUAUCACUAAUGCGAUCAGCUCUGGUCUCCUGCUCUUCGCAGGUCUUGUGGAGCUCCUUGCGGAAGAUUUUUUGAGCGAGCCAAGCUAUGAGACCCUCAAAGGAAGACGGCGUGUAGAGGCAUGUAUAUCGGUUGCAUGUGGUUCUUUGUUGAUGGCCUUCGUCGGGGCUUUUGCCUGA